AUGCCACCACGGAAUGGCUCAAGAAGCCUGGCAUCAUCGGCUCGACUGCUCAGAAGACCGUCUCCAGCCCAAAACACCCGAAUCGCAGCUACCAGUCUAAACAAGAGCUUCUCUACAUCGACCACACGAGCCUCUCCUCCCCCAACUUCGCAACCAACAGACGCCGCCUUCACCACCGUCUCACCCGAUGAGGUAUCCCACUUCAACGCCCUCGCAUCCUCGUGGUGGGACCCCCAAGGCCCGUCCCGCAUCCUCCACCUCAUGAACCCGCUCCGCCACGACUUCAUCCGCUCCUGUCGCGCCUCGGUCCUCGAUGACCCACCGCCUCCCUCGACAGGCCUGAAGUACCUCGAUGUCGGGUGCGGAGGAGGGAUAUUCGCCGAGUCGGCCGCGCGCCUGCCGUCAACCGCGUCCGUGACGGCCAUAGAUCCGAGUCCCGAGGUGCUGUCCGUGGCCAAGGCCCACGCGCGGCGGGACCCCGCGCUCGCGGAGAAGCUGAGCUAUGCGAACACGUCGAUUGAGCAACUGCCGCUUCCGCAGACGCCGCAGGAGACGUUCGACGUAGUGUCCGUCUUCGAGGUCAUCGAGCACGUCUCGUAUCCGGCCGAGUUCCUGGAUAGGUGCACGCCGUUCGUCAAGCCGGGCGGCUGGCUGGUGCUCAGUACCAUUGCGCGGACGUGGACGAGCUGGUUGACUACAAAUAUCAUGGCGGAGGAUGUGCUGCGCAUAGUACCCAGGGGCACGCACGACUGGCGCAAAUACAUCAACGAGGAGGAGAUGCGACGCCAUUUCCUGCAGAAGCGGACCGGGUGGGCGGAGCCUCGGUGCAUGGGCGUGAUUUACAUCCCCGGUUUCGGGUGGAAGGAGGUCAGCGGGAGUGAGAAGUUCGGCAACUACUUCUUUGCUGUGAGGAGAGUCGCUGAGUCUUGA